UUUCAAUGUUAUACUUGCUUACUUACCAUUACAACUUGCUAUUUGCUAAGUACUUUUUUGUUUGCUGCCAAGAUAUUUUCUAUUCUUGUUUAAAUCUCUGGUUUGUUUCUGCAUCUGGUCUUGCUGGAAAUCCAUCCGACAUAGGGCUAGAACAAGUGAUUUUAGUUUUAAUGUUGUCUUUGAAAGAUUGAUGAUUUCUAUGUUUACUACCCUUAAGAAUUAGCUGUUCUUAGGUUUUAUGAAUUAUUGGUCCGUUCACAAUUAUUGUAUUAUUAAUAUGAUCAUGCGUCCACUACAUUUAUUCAGUUUGCAGAUCACAGUGAGCAUUUGUAUAUGAAUUUGUAAGGACUUGUGAUGAUGGAGUGGAAUACAAAAUCUCUCGGACAAUGGGACUGGGAGCACUUAUUCUUCUUCAAUACAAAAGCAACAGAAAAUCCGAGGUUACCAACAACUGAUUGUAGCAGCAACGAAGCAGAUCGAGAAAUCAAUGUUGGGGUGUUUUAUCCAUCAGGUGGGAGUGCAUGUUCUGGGUCUGAACUAGUACAUGCUUCUUCACCAAGGAGCUCAAAAUCAGCUUCCAACAAUUCACUGUCAAAUGGGGAUAGCAAGGCAUCGGUGUUGACUCUGGAAGGUUCUCAGGAUGAUUCCACUGGGAAGAAAGAACUGUGCCCAGUUGAAACUUCUCAAUCAGCAGUUCCUUCUCCGGUCUCUGGUGAACCUCUGCUAACUCUGAAGCUUGGAAAAAGGUUGUACUUUGAGGAUGUAUGCGCAGGAAGUGAUUCCAAGAAACCCUCUUUUGAGGUUCCAAUUUCUUCAGGAAAGAAAUAUAAAACCAGUGGUCAGAAUUUGCAGCAUCCAAGCUGCCAGGUGGAAGGUUGUGGCCUUGACCUUUCUUCUGCUAAAGAUUACCAUCGCAAACACAGAGUGUGUGAAGCUCAUUCCAAAUCCCCUAAGGUGCUUGUAGCUGGUUUGGAGCGCCGGUUUUGCCAGCAAUGUAGCAGGUUCCAUGCUCUGUCAGAGUUUGAUGACAAAAAAAGAAGCUGCAGAAAACGUCUCUCAGAUCAUAAUGCAAGGCGUCGCAAACCACAGCCUGACUCAGUCCAGUUAAAUCCAUCAGCUUUGUCUUCGUCGCCUUAUGAUGGGAGGCAAAUGAUGAGCCCAUUUGCAUUUUCAAGAAGUGCUACAAACAUGGUCUGGCAGGAUAUGCACAGCAGCAAGCUCCCCCAGACAAAAGAUUUUCUUCCGAAGCCCGCAAAAGGCUUCGAUAAGAUACCCAGUAUUGUGUCUAUGUUUUCUGAUGAUAACAGUGGCCUUCUAACAUCCAGAAGUAUAGCAGCUAAGACUAUUGUUCCAGGUUUAGAAGAUCCCAAUUCCAUUAGUUCGUGUGAUCCGAAUGGUGCACAAGAUGUUAACCGUGCUCUCUCUCUUCUGUCAAGCAAUUCAUGGGGUCCAUAUGAGACUAAGUUCUUAUCCCUGGAACGCUCCUCUCGAACAAGUGGCAUUAAUCAGUCUAUGACACACUCGAUGACGCACCAGCAACAGCGUUUACCACUUGCUUCCUCUUCAGAAUAUUGGCACACUGAUCAUCAACAACAACCAUCCCCUUCCACCAUGAGCAUGUGUAUCUCAUUCUCAGACUGUGAUGCCAACAAUCGCUUUCAAGACUUUCAGCUGUUGAGUGCACCCUAUGACUCGCCUUUUCCAUGCAACCAUCUGGAAUGAUCAAUGCAAUGCUCUCCUUCAAAUGCUUACAUCUUCAACAUCCCAGCCUGCUUUCUCUCCUUAUUUUGCGUCCAUUUUUUAAUGGAGAUUAAACGAACUGAUUGCUCGUUGUGCACGUUCACUCCAUUUUCUGAAUUUUGUUGAAAACUCUCGAUACAUUUCAUAUUGUACCAGACUGCGCCCAUCUAAUUUGAACUAUCGUUACAGUGCAUGCCCAUCACCUUUAAAUGUUUUUUUUUUCA